AUGGGUUCUCAACAAAGUGUUACUACUGUUUCAGUUUUAGGAACAGGUGAGCAGGAUAGUCCAUUUGCGAUCAGGAGACAUCCAGAUCAUCCAGAUGGCCCGGCCGAAAAUCCGCCAGAUAUGCAAGAAAUGCAGGCUUUCACGCUUAAAUUCUUCAAGAAUUAUGCAAAUAAGCCUUACCUUGGUCAUAGAUAUAAAAUUGAUCAGGAAAAGUGGAGCGAUGAUUAUAAAUUUAUUACAUACGCCGAAGGAGAAGAGAUCGCUUUGAAUAUCGGCUCAGGCUUGCAGGAACUUGGAAUUACUCUCGGAAAAACACUAGGUAUUUACUCUACAAACUGCCCAGAGUGGGUUAAUACAAUUGACGCUUCCUCUUUGUAUGGAUUCGUCAUUGUUUCAUUGUACGACUCCCUCGGACCUAAUGCUCUUAACUAUCUCCUCGAGCAUUCCCAAAUGGAAGCCUGUAUCGUUUCCCAAGCAAAUCUUGACAAAUUAAUGAAGAUUGUUUCCGUAAACAAGUAUUUCCUACGUCUGAUCAUUGUUAUCGGCACAGUUCCUGAAGGAAAAUACAAUACUGACAUCAAACUCGUCACUUAUGAUGAAGUUUUUGAACUCGGCAAGAAGAAUCGUCAUGAUUUCCCCAAGAUCGAUCCAGAAGCCCCACACUUCAUCUGUUACUCCUCAGGAACUACAGGAAAUCCAAAAGGAGUCAUCAUUUCUCAUCGCGCUAGCGUUUCUAACAUUCUUGCUGCAGCAAACUACAUCGACCUUGGUAAGGAUCCAAGGCAUUUAUCCUACCUACCUCUUGCCCACGUCUUUGAGAGAUCUGCUUCAUCAGUUACUGCAUAUUACGGUGGCCAGAUCGGAUUCAUCAGCCAAGGCAUUACCAAGCUCAUUGAAGACAUGAAGAUCCUCAAGCCAACCUAUCUUUGCGCAGUUCCGCGUGUAAUGUACAGAUUCAACGAAGCAAUCACCGGAAAGCUUAAGAAAUCAGCCCUAACGAGGGCCUUCUUCUGGGGAUGCUGGUACGCCAAGAAAUUCUGCAUCGACCAUUAUUUACCAACUUUUCCACUCGAUAUCAUCGCAUUUAACAGAAUUAACGCUAUGAUGGGCGGAUGCAUCAAGCAGUUCGUUGUCGGUGGUGCUGCAAUGGAUCCUAACAUCCAGGAGUUCCUACAAGUCGCAACAGGUCUUCCUGUUCGAGUCGGAUACGGAUUAACCGAAGCUGGCUCAGGAAACAUCUGCUCUCCACCGGAUAUCCAUCAUAUAAAGAAGGGCUCAAUCGGUGGCCCACUACAGAACGUAGAAGUCAAGUUAGAAGAAAUCGAAGAUUACGAUGACCCUCUUUGCGGCCAAAUCUUGAUUGGCGGACAGUGCUUGUCCAGUGGAUACUUACACGAUGAAGAAUCUACCAAGAAAUUGUUCACAGAUGAAACUCAUAAAUGGAUUAAGACAGGAGACGUCGGAAAAUGGGAUAGAGAUGGUUAUCUCAUGAUCGUCGACAGAAUGGGAUCAAUUUUCAAGCUUUCUCAAGGUGAAUACGUCGCUGCUGAAUCUCUUUCUCAAGUUUACGAUAGUGUACCUAUUGUUUUACAGUCUUUCAUUUACGGUGAUUCAUCAAGAACAUUCUUGGUCGCAAUCAUCGUUCCAAGAAAGGCAGAAGUCCUCAAAUUCUUCAAUAAGACCGAAAUGACAGACGAUGAAUACAAACAGGCUUGUGAGUCUCCGGAACUCAAGAAGGAGAUCCUAGAAAGACUCAAGAACGCUGCAACAGAGUCGAAAUUAUUCGGUUACCAGAGAAUUAACAACAUCGCUAUCGAACCAUCGCCUUGGACAUUGGAGAAUGAGUUCAUGACUCCAACAUUCAAGUUGAAGAGGAAGAAACUCGAACUUAGAUACAUGUCAACAAUUGAGAAACUCUACCAGAGCCAGUAA